AUGUCUGAAGAAGCUCUUCUGUUAGAUGCUAACAUCGAAGGGAUUAAUGACAUCGCUGAUCUCAACGAAGAUGACUUGUUGGCCGACUUCACUGACCCCAAUUCCUCCUUUAAUGCUGCAGGAGGAUCAAGCCUGAACCUCACAGCGGAACUGGAGCUCGACUACUCAGACGAUCCGCCCAAUAUCGAGCCGACGCCUGAAGUGCCGACUGCAGAUGAUGAUGAUGAGCGUGAUUCUAGGUUUUCGUCCGAACGGAAUAAGAACACGAAAGCGAAAGUACCGGAUAUGAAGAAUGAGAAGCUCGAAAAAGAGAAGCCUCCUUCAUUUGUUGUCAAAAUCGAGCCCCAGAGCGCCACCACGAAGAACGUUCAACACGGAUAUGCUGGUUUCGGCGGAAAGAAGGCCCCAGCUUCCUCGUUUCAGGCAAGCGACAUGAAACGGCGCCCGCCACCUCAACAUGGCCAAGGGCCUGCUCCGUCUUUGAUGGGUCUGAAUUUGAACCGGACCGCUACAAGACCUGCUGAGAUCCACAUCAACCCAAAGUUCGCACGGAGUGGUCUGCUCCCCAGCUACACUCAUCCGCCAGCGCCUUUUGGGGCAAUCCCCGCAUCGGCGUGGGACCAGCAAGUAGCCCAAUUCCUGGCACACGCAUCUACAGCAAGCCGCCGCUCUCCUUCAUCCGAUUCGAGCCGAAGUCGUGCUCGAUCGCGUUCGAGGUCCCCGCGCGAGCGCAGGCGACACCCCAGCCCGGGCCGCGAUCGUGAGCGCAGAAGGAGCCCCAGGAAUAGUCAACGUUCAAGAAAGCCCUCUACUAGCCCUCGUAAACAACCAUCCGCUCAACAGUCAGCGUUGGAGAGUGCGAAGGCGCUUGGACUUGAUGAGAGCUAUCUCGAGAAAUUGGAAGAACAGAAGCGUCGUCGUGAAGAGCUUUUGAGCCGUAAGGGCAAGAGUGCCGUGUCUACCAAUGUACCAGAGCCCAAACCGGCACCCGCUUCUCCGAGAUUCAUCCGCAAGAUUUCGCCGGAAACGGAGACAAUGUUCGCAAAAACGACGGCCGCCAAGGAUAACAAAAACAAGGCCUGCCUCGUGGUGAGCGUAUCCGACGUUUCCUCAUUUCGACAAAAUGCCCUCCACAAAAUCCGCCGCUUAGCUGUGCGCUAUGGACCUCUCAAAAGGAUAUGGUGCGAAGACGAAAAGACUGUCAAGCUGAUAUUUGAUGGGCUGAAGACCGCCAAUACUUUCUUCAGUACCCAGAACGGGAAGAUAUUUGAUGGUGUGAUGCUCAACGUCAUGCUGGCAAAGGAGUACCAUCCGAUCGAC